CCUUCACUGCACUGAAGGAGCACAUUGGCUGGCGCUACUGUCUGGUUAUCCUUGGCAUCUUUCAGCUUUCUGUGAUUGGUUGUGGGCUUCUCCUUCGUCCAAUCAUCAUUAAGCCAGAGCCUGUGAAGGAGGACAGUGAGUCAGACAAAGAGCCUCUCUCUUUGAACCAGCUGCAGGCUGUGUAUCAGCUAGAAAACGAACAAACCAGAACCUCCAUCAGUUCAGGAGUGUCACAGGGGUCAGAGGACUCAGGUGUCACCUCCCUCUCUGCUUCCAACGUAGACCUGCGGACAGCAGGGGCUGAAAGCCAGGUUCUGAUGGAGUGGGCGAUGCAGGACAAAGAGGUCACGAAAAAGGAUGAGGGCGAACUAGCAACUGCAGAGGCGGGUCCUCUCCAGCCCUCCAGCCCCAAACUCCUGGACUUCUCUGUGCUUAAAGACCCUGCCUUCAUCUGGUACUCCCUGUUUGGCUUGUUCGCCACGCUGGGUUUCUUCGCCCCGCAGCUCUACGUCAUCGAGCUGAGCAAGAGCCGGGGCGUGGAGCCCAGCAUGGCCUCCUAUAUGCUCUCUGUGAUGGCUGUGGCCGAGAUCUUGGGCCGACUGUCCAUCGGGGUGGUGCUGAGCAAAGUCCGCUGCAGGAAGACCCUGGUGCUGCUGGGCUGUGUGCUCCUGCUGUGCCUGGUCCUGGUGGCCUUUGCUCUUGUGUGGGAGUUCUGGGGCCUAGUGGUCUGCUGCGCCCUCUACGGCUACUUCAUGGGCACCGUCGGCUCCACUCACAUCCCAAUGCUGGCCGAGGAGGACGUGGUGGGCAUCCAGAAGAUGCCGUCAUCUGUGGGAGUGUACGUCUUCAUCCAGAGCUUCGCUGGGCUGGCAGGGCCGCCGCUAGGAGGUGUGUUGGUGGAUGCCACCAACAACUAUGGUGCCGCCUUCUACUCCUGUGCGGUGGGCAUGGGCUUUAGUGCCAUCUGCCUGGCUCUGGUCGGCCCGGCCAAGUCCGGCAUGUGCCAAAAGCAGAGUGGGAACAAAGAGGAAAGCAGGAGCACGGAGGAAGAGGAGAAAACGUCUCAGGACAGUGGCCAGAUGGACUUUUUGGAGGUGGACUUGGCCCUGGAGGACAGUCCCAUCAGACAGGCUGUAGAUCGGGACGCUGCCUCCUUAAUAUGAAGCUGACUUCAUCACCUUACACCGACGACUGCACCGCCAGAGCCAACAACAAAUACAGCAACUGAACGCAGCUGCUGGAUCCAGAUCUCAGGUGUCAGUCUUUCACACUCUGACAGCCUUGAAGUCCACUGCCCACAUUACGUCUGAAGCAGGAGUGGAACACACACCUCUUGCAGCUUUAAACUGUCAUUCCCCUCCAAAAGCAAAGAGCAGACAAUCUACCUGCACUUCUCAGACGCACAGAGAAUGAUUCCACUGCUGCUAAAGCUGGACUAGAAAGCGCAGCAUCCUAUCUGAUGCUCUUACACACAUUCAUGCUAUUGAUAGUGAAUUUAUACCACUGUGGUAACUGAAGCAAUACUGCACAGUGAUCUCCAGCUCAGUGUCUGUACACGGAUCCAGUACUCUGUGACUCCACUGGACGUUUCACUGCACAAGCCUCAGAGACUUUCCUUUAUUUUGCACUGCUUUGGUUUCAAAGCAUCGGCUGUAUGUGGUUUAUCACGUUGUCAUGAUCCUGCUGACUCACUGUAAUCACCUCGUUAUAAGUAACAGCAUACAAAUUGAAAAGCAAUCAUGAUUCAAUGGAAGAACUUAGUUUACAGUGAUUUAUGUUCCUCUUCAGUGGCUAACUCAGUAAAGUGUGGAACCAGAGACGGUCAGUGGUGGAAGAAGUACCCAGAUGUUUUACUUGAGUAAAAGGAGCAUUACUACAGUAUAAAGCUGCAACAGUUAGUCAACUAUUAAAUUAAUCUCCAACUAUUUUGAUAAUCGAUCAAUCGUUUUGAGUCAUUUUCAAAAUGUUCGCUUUCUUUAGUCCUCUAUGGCAGUAAACUGAAUAUCUUUGAGU